AUCGUCGAUCUGUCACAAAGUGUGUAAAUAUUGCGUGUCAGGAGUGAAACAUUCGUGAUACAGCUUUAUCAAACCAAAGAAGUGCCUGAGAAGAUCCAGGAAGAACGAGUAUAAUCUUCCUUGCUUGCCAAAGAAAUGCAAAUGUAAUAUAUAAAUUGACACGUCGUCGAGAAGUACAUAUUUCCACAAACGAACGUUCAAAUGCGAUACUCAGAGGUGUACCACGCACCUGCGACGCCACGAGUCGAAUGCGAGUUGGACUGAACUAGGUCAAGCUCUGGAAGAGCCGAGAAAAGUAUCGUUGGCACACGUCGAAGAAUCCUCCAGAUGAAAUUUCGCAAAUUUUCCAACACGUCCAGCCCCAAAAUGGAAUUGCUCUCAAGGCGGUCGUCCAGCGACAGGAUAUCGACCCUCAAACGGUCGAGGUCCUUCCGAGCGUCGAUGAAACUCAUGUCAAAGCUGCGAACUCACGCGAAUCUGCGUUUAAACGGCGGCUUCGACUUGUCUCCGGUAUCGCUGCAAACUCAGCACUCCAAGAAACAACGAAACAAGCUGUCCCUGGCAGAGGAAGCCUCUGCGCCAGCCAGAAACACCAAAGAUCCUUGCGUGAAGUGUCCCUCGAGGAACGAUAACGAGGUACUCGAGAGCCUCAACUCGAAAGAUACGGUUUCGUCGAGCGAGUUAGAGUCUCGCAAAAUCAGCAAGGACCUAAAGAGCAAGCUGUGUCUGACCGACAGGAUAAUGGGGAAGAAUCGUAAGGACCAAGAGAAGUCGUCGAAGAGGUACAACGAUACCAUGUCACCGAGGGUGACGCAUAUGUUCCGGUGGAAAAGCAACGAGGAGACCUCGUCGAUAUCCAGCGGGGAGAGGAAAAACGUUUUCCGUUCUAUCGAUAGCCACGUGUCCUAUGAGAAUCCUACUUUCCGCCUGGACAGCUCUUUAGACUCGUCGGUCUCCAGUUUCCUGUUCGAAUCCGAGCAUUCGGAUCACGUUUCGAACGAUGUCGAAUGUAAGGACGUGUCCUCCACGGAACCCUGCGUGGACACGGGGUUGACCGUGGUCCUGGACUCCGUGAGGUCGAGCGAGGACGAAACGAUGGCGAAACUCGCCGACGAAGGCAGCCAUCGAGCCAUGUUCGACAAGGACAGGUACCUCGAGUGCAAUAGGAGCUAUCGGCCUGUGUUCACGAGUUCCAAAGCUAGGAGCCUGUCGGUGAACGACGUGGUCCUGCAGGAGGAGGAAGAGGAAGCUGCGAGCUGUUUGAACACUGAGGACGGGGCGAGUCUCGAUUGGCAGAGCAGUCACGCGGAUGAUCUGGCCACGCUGAAGGGACGCAAGUCGUCCGAGAAAAUUAGAAAAACUUCCGUUUGCUCGUCAAAGUCCUGCAGGAUCAGGACUGUGGAUAAUAUAACUAACUUCUGGACGAAUGCCCGCGGUGGCAGCUUCCGUAGCAAGGUCUCGGUUGGAAGGAAGAAGUCGGUGAAAGAUCCGAGAGAACACGAGUCCAUGGGGCAGGAUAGGGUUCUCGUUACGACCACUUCUGGAUCAAAGCUGUACUCUUUGCAAGGGAUGGAGUUCCUGGAGGGUUUCGGGAAGAAAAAACAGCAGCCGAAUCAGCAAACGAACAAUAUAUCGUCGGUGCACAUCAAUCCUCUAACGGCACAGUCUCUCAACAUACACCUGCAUGCUCUCUUCGCUGCAGUGGAACAUGGCCACCUGGACAAAGCCAAAACAAUUUUGGAGUCGACAGACGUGGACGUGAACAGCGUGAACAGCGACGGCCUGUCACCCCUGGAUGUUGCGGUGCUCAGCAACAAUAGGCCGCUUGCAAAAAUGCUGGUCGCGUUCGGCGCACAGGAGGGUAACCAGUUCAAAUCUCCGGAGUCCCUGGGCAGUCAUUUGGCUUCGUUGUUGUUGGAGGCGGAACACAGAGUUCAAGAACUCGGCGGGAGCACUUCCGGUAGCGGUGGGACUACCCUUCUGGAGCCUCCGAGCAGUCAUAGAUCAAGUUUUUCGUCGCAGCACAACAAUCUCACGGGAUGUGGCGGUAGCGCCGAAGAAAAGCAGCUGGCUUUGUGGGAGAGAAGAGCUAGAGCUCUUAGAAAAAUGUUGCUUGGGUUCGAUCAAGCGCGGCCGCCAGACAUGCCGUUCUUAGUCGCAGUGGAUGUUACGGGAACAAACUCGGUAACAAUGAGGUUCCAGGAACCCGAUUCCCACGAUUCCCCUAUCUGCACGAAAUUCAAGGUUCAGUGGAGCAUCAAGGAAGAUUUCUCAGUGAUUUGUGGAGAGAGAGAGGUUCUAGACAUGAAACAGAGGGAAUGCAGGAUCGACGAUCUUAUUCAGGGACAGAAGUACUAUUUUCGAGCGGCUGCUGGCAAUUUGAAGGGUUACAGCAGGUUCAGGAACUCGACCCCUGCCCACGUAACACCUAGUAGCUGGAGGGACAUCGAUGGCAGAGUGCCAAGGUUUGCUGGCCGUUUGGAGCAGUUGAAUACUUUAUUCACGGACAUAAGGCGACCAGAGUACACUCAAGAGACACCGGCCGUGCAGAGGCGUAAUCACAAGAAGAAGACAACGAUAAAGCAGCUCUUCACGGCAACUAGCAAGUUUCAGAAGAACCUGAGGCGCGGGGUCUUCCUCGCCUGUCUACUCUAUCACGAGGAUAAAGUGUUGGUAACGAACGAGGAUUUCUUACCUGUGAUCGAAGUCGACGAGACUUAUCCUAGCUGUAUUUACAACGACUUCCAUUGGCUUAUGAAAGUUGGCUGUACUUGGGACGAUGUUAAAGUUCUUCGACAAGACAUGGAGAAAAGUCAUAGCAGCUCAACAAAUCAUUUCAGGAUAAAACUUUUACAGGCUGCUGCACAAAUGCAGGCAGCACUAUGUAUACAGGACCUUGGUCAACUGUACCAUAAACCCAUUAGAGACGUUCAAGGCACCCUGGUUUUCUCUACAGUGAAUUACAUAAAAUCUCCAAAGUUGAUCUCAGUGUUGAACAGCAGAUGGCUGCCUCUCAGUAAAGUUACAAAAAAGGUUAUCACUCAUGAAGACAGUAACGUCGCGGAUAUUUUAAUAGCCAGUAUACAGGAACAGAUGACUUACCACCAAGUUAGUAGUAUUAAACUGUCGAAGGGACUUUAUCUCGGUUAUCUGAAGAUGCAGAGUAGCGUCGAUCUCAUUCAAGUCGUGGUACCAGCAAAGUCGCCUAACGUUUUACCUCAUUGUAAAAUCCGUGACAACCCACAUGUUUCUGCAGAAGAAUGGGAUUAUCUGAAAAGGAUAACUCGUAUUCACGCAUCAGAUGCAUCGGUCAAAGAUUGCGAAGAAAAAGAAAAUGUUACAAACGAAUCCCAAGGUACAGAACAGCAAAAAUUAUUCGUCGAACUCGUCGCUGCAACAUCUAGGCGAUUGUUCAAUUACAUGGAAAUCAGUUCCGAAGAUUCCUUGGUCCAUCGACUCUAUGACGCCGAAGUUAUCGAUCUUACUCACGAUGUGUCCUUUCUGAUCGCUGUGCCUCCAGCAGAAACCGCCUGCUGUGUACCUGGAACCAGAGAAAUCCUCCUUCAACGUGGCGAUCUUCUGUCCUUGCCUAUCCAAGUAUUCGAGAUGGUUCAUCUAAACACCUAUCAGAAGGAUGUAAUUAACAGAUACUCAAGAUUAAGUUGCAUUCUGGAACUUGAUACGGCGCAAGCCCAGUACAAUCAUAGAGAAGCCUUCAGUUCUCUGGAGUUAAGCGUAGCAAAGGAUAAAUUGACUAGGUUGCAAGAUCUUCAGACUCAAGUAAACACCGUGUGGAAGGGAGCUAGGUGGCUCAUAGAUGUGAUCACGUUUGCUAGAGAUCGUGGAUCUUCGCAGCAAAGCGGCUCGUCACAAACGGUUGGAAUUUCAAUGAAGCACCUGCUCGGCCUCGACAGAAACAAGAGCAACAGUAACAGCAACAGUCUGAAGAGAAGUUUGCUCCAGUUACCGCCACGUGAUCCGAAGCUGGUGAAAUCUAGUCCAGGUCGAGGUAGCUGGCCAGGUCCUAACGUGUCCAAUUCUUCCUCGAAUCUACUCACUACCGAGUUCAGUAAAAGCGAGCAACAAUUACCUAGUGGCCAGUACAUUCGCAAAGGCAGCAACACUUCCAAUGUAUCGACCAGCUCAGAACAUCCAAAAUCCUCUGUACCUCUGAGCAGCACCAGCAAUCUUAGCAACACAACCAGCGCUGGCAGCAACAAUCAUCUGGUACCAUUACAGAACACCAGGUUACCGCCUUCCAAAUCCGAGGACACUCUGAUCCUAACAAAAUACAAACACAGUCCCAGAAAUAGGUCAGCUACCAUCACGUCCGCGUCGGCCAGCACCAGUCCCUUACUCAGCAUUAAGCCUAUCAUCUACGGCGGCUCGCUUUUAAGCGUGUCGACAGCCAUGACAAAUACGACAAGUCUAUUAAGCGUCAGCAACACCAAUUCCGACAGUUUACAUUCGCUCAGUAGUGAUGAAUAUUCCACGCCUAAUUCGAGUGUCUGCAUAAAGAGCGGACAUACGAAGAGCAAACCGACCAAACCUACUGCUAGUGUUGCAGCCACGGCAACUGGUUCUUUGGAGAGUCAACUGGAGGAAGAGAAGGAUGAAGCAACUAUGAUGCCGGCUCCACUGCCUGGCAUUCUUCAGGUUUACGCGGCCUACGAAACCGGCUUGGCUUCCGGAACCAGCCUGAAAUUGCACGUCACUCCGAAGACCACAGCCAGAGAAGUUGUGAACCUGGUUGUGAAGCAAUUGAACAUGGCUGUAGUUCUGAAAGGUCAAGAAGGUCCCAUAUACACGGCCGAUGAGCUGCCGAAUUUUUGUUUGGUGGCUGUGAUUGGUGCCAGGGAGCGUUGCCUGAGGGAUGACUUCAAGUUACUGCAACUUCAGAAUCCCUGGAAAAAGGGUAGAUUGUACGUGAGGCAGAAACAAGACGUCCUUGCGGCUUUAGAGCACAGCAGCAAGCACACCGCAUAUUUAUAGCAUAAGUAACGAAGAGAAAGAAAGAAACGAAAUUGUGAUUAGAUAGAAAGGACAUCGAAAAAGGAAAAGAGAAUUCCUGUCGCGGUUGAUGAUGUCUACCAAUGUAAGAAACGCUGCGUCUCAUUAAUAAUUGGCGAUAAAAGCCAAAGAUCACUUAGUGUAAUGCAUUCUGCGUCUCGUAGAGUUUAAAAUUAGAUAGAUAAAAUAGGAAAUUUCUCCUUCCGUUUUACCUUUCUUUGCUCGUUUUAAUACAAAGUGAAUGACGUAGUUUACCAGUCGCUCACGAGGCACAGAAUGCAUUAAUAUGUAUAUAAAACAAACGCUUGGCUACACGAGAAGUUUUCAGUUGUAUCUCUCGAGGCUCUAAGUAAAUUACACGUAAUUAGGUAGAAGAGUGAAAGGGAAGAACGACGAUCGUCUGAAAGGAUGAGAAUUAAAAUUGCGAUUAGGCGAACCAGAGUACAUUCCAACCAAGUUUCGAUCCGACUACGAGCUGUAAUUUCGCGCCGAUGGACUAGAUAGCGUUGCAGAAAAAUGGAUAAUACUCAAGGUAUAUUGUACUGUUAUAUUUUAGGUACCGAUCUCAGUGUUUUACUCCAUAUACCCGCAUCACCGGUUAUAAAUGCGUCAGAUGCUUAAGAGAUCUCAUUGUCCCAAUUGUAUUCGAUGUGUUCAGGUGACAUGCAAGGUUCAUUCGCUUUUAUUCCAAGCUUUCUUUCCUCUCUGAGAAAUUAUCGCAUAUCGGUAAAAGGAAACUUGGACACGUCGAAUGAACAGAGAACGUAAACUUUCGAAGAUAGGAAAGAUUUUAUAUUUAUAUCUUUAAAUCCAUCUAAUCACCCGAGGAUUUAUUUUAACAACUAGUUUCGCUUGACUGAGCCUUUGUCAUCAGACUAAAGAGACACGAUCGUCGUUGCGACUUCUCGCUUGUGUAUCAGUUUCUUCGGUCUGUUAACAUUGCGUUCUAUAUUCUCGAAGAUAAUCCUUGAACAGGUUCUUAACGAAUAAUUUUACCUUUUAUUUUUCACCCACAUUGGGAACAAUGAAAGCGUCCUGAACAUUAAAAGAGAAUCACUCAAAGUUACUUAGAAAAUGGCGGCGACUAGAGCAGAUUACGAUUAAACAUUAAAACAUAGACGAAACGUGAUCCAGAUAAAAGAGGCUUAUAGACUGUUGCGUAGAAAUAAAAGAAAGAGUAUUACUAUGGUUAUUAAGAUUUUUAUUCUCGCCGAGAUCACGAUCAUUGGAGCAGCGUUGUUGCACGAGCGUUUUUCUUACGUCCAUACGUGAUACGCGAAGAGUCCGCAUAUUUUAUUACACGUGAUUGUUAUCUCUUUUUCGCGUUCUCCCAGUCCGGUUUCUGUUUCGGGGCAUGCGAUGUUCCCUGUUUCGCUUGCAGAAAUAUUUUCUUCGUCGAACGAGCAUUGUAUAUUUACUUCUACGUUGUAACUCUGUCGGGGAAGAAGAGCGUGACGAGAUCGAUAUCGAGUUAUCGACGAUCUUGCUAGAAUUCCAGGCACCCGAGGACUUCCUAUUAGCGACCUAGACAACGCGUUGGUGAUAAGUACGGUGCAGAGCGGAUUGUAAAAUAAACCCUAAUCGCACGAUACCAUUGUUCAAUCUAGGGUAUAAUCUGUUUGAGUUUUAGGAAAGGGCAAAUACGAAAUUGUUUAAUUUUUGACAACGGUCGAAGUCUCAAGAUAAGCCUCGAGUAUUCUGCAAACAAUGAAGAAUGAUUAGAAAUGUUGAAACUUUGGUUGUACCGACAGUAGCGUAAGAAAAGUUGGCAUCUCUAUUGGAUCCGUCCUUUUAUCUCCGACGAAUAGAACUUCAAAAUUCGAUUCGCAUGGCGUUAUUAUGGCAAUUGAUCGGUGGUAUCGUGCGUCGAGGGGCCACCUAAGUUUAAACGAAAAUAUACAAUGCAGAUAUUUUUUUAUCGAGGAAACAAAGGAGGGGAAGCGAGGAAGGAACGAGAAAGAUCGUUACUAUAUUUUGCCAGAGCGCGUGCUCGUUACCGAUUUCCCCGAACAACGUGAUCAGUACGCAUUUCCACGGAAAUAUAAAAAUCUGUCUGCUUGUCAAGCAGAAUUGUGACUAAC